AUGCUGUUGCAGCGUCGAGUGGCAGUGCCAAGCAUUGCUCUGAAGGGCACUGGUGUGCUGAGCUCAGGGCAUCUCUGUGGCAUCAGAGACAAGAAUCCGGAUCAGCUGGAAACAUCAAACCCUCAGGUGGACAAGAGACAAGAAUCCGGAUCAGCUGGAAACAUCAAACCCUCAGGUGGACAAGACCCCUCCAAGAAGGACGUCCCAGCUGAGGACAUUGACAUCGACAUGGGCGCCCCCGAGACGGAGAAGGCAGCCGUCGCCAUCCAAUCGCAGUUCAGAAAGUUCCAGAAGAAGAAGCAGGUGGUGAAAUCAUAAAUCGCGCCCAUGCAGGGCGUCCCUGGCACCAUUAGGGCAGGGAGUUGCAUGUCAGAUAAACUGCUCUGUUUUCGGGUGGGGGGGGUCAUGGGUUGAUUGGGGGUGAGGGUGGGGGCAGAUGAGGUGAAGAGGCAAUUUGCCUUUUGCUAUCAUCUGUCAGGAAUAAAAUGUGAUAUUCUGGUUCCCACUAGUACAUAGAUUUUUUUCAAUACAAUACUUUCCUUUUAUGUUAUUUUUUGAUAAAUACGAACAGAUCCAUCAUUAAUGUCAAGGUGUUUGAAAAUAUCCACCUCAAAGUGUUAACCAAUUGUGUGACAGUAUUUCCUCUGUUUAAGACCAGAAACCAGGGGUAUUUUUUGCCAAAUUAUCAAGAAUGUUGCUCGAGGAAAUAUGCUGAAUGGCAUCUGAAACUAUAAAGAUCAUUAAGAUUCACACAGACUUAUUUAAUCUUUCACCUAUGUUGUGUUUUUUGUCUGUAUAGAUGAACUGAUAUUGUGUUUGUGGUUUAUCAUUAUCCAAGUCAGUGUUUUUGUCAGAAAGCAGUGUAUUGUAAUAUUCCUGACACCAAACUGUUGGAAAUAAUCGUAUGUGAACUCAAUAAAUAUUGGGAUGACCUCAAUGACUGAUGGGUUAUUUCGCCAUAUUUUAAAUACCAUUCGUUUACCUUUCAACACUGGCUGUGUCCAAAAAAAUAUCAAAAGGCUGUCCAAUGUUUGCAUAACAUCAUACUUCAUCUGGUUUUUGAAGGCAGCAUAACCUAUUCUUUAGGUU